CCGUUCUCAGCCACGACUUUUGCCGCAGUGUCCUUCGCGUAGCCUUGGCAUGGAGCUCGGUCCAGCUCUGCUCAAUUUGAUCUGGUUUGGAUUUGCUCAACAUUUUUUAUAAAAAAUAUUAAUCCCAUCUUCCUUCAAUAUAUUGGUUUAUUAAGUGUCAGUGUCCUUUUUGGCGUGCAUACUUGAAAAUGCCUCCGCCACCCCCAGAAAGUCCAACGCAACCUAGAAAUGAAGCGGAAUCCUUACAGUUGAAGGCUAGUCAAGUCACGGAUGAGUCCUUGUCGAGUACCAGGAGGAUGAAAUUGUUGUGUGAGGAGGCUAAAGAGGCCGGGAUUAAGACCCUCGUCGCCCUGGAUGAUCAAGGCGAGCAGCUCGACAACAUCGAGAAGGGGAUGCAUGACAUCAACGAGGACAUGGUGGAGGCUGAAAAAGCCAUGCAAGGAAUGGGUGGUUGCUGUUUUGGCCUCUGUCCCCCACUUUCUGUUAUCUGUGCUGGGAAAUCAAAGGACGAAGCCAUGUUCAAGGUGAACGAUGAUGGCGUAGGAGGAAGUGGGGGUCCAGGUCCGGGAAGAGGGCUGGACGGGGCAGGAAUUCCGACAUAUGGAGGAUUCAUUUCCAAGUAUUCGAAUGAUGCCCGGGAAGACGAGAUGGAGCAAAACAUGGACGAAGUUUCCAUCAUGGUGGGAAAUUUGAGAAAUAUGGCAAUCGACAUGGGGGGAGAGAUUGGAAAUCAAAAUAAUCAAAUUGAUAGGAUCAACAUGAUGGCCGAGUCAAACGUGACGAGGAUAAAUGUCGCCAACGAAAAGGCUAACCAGCUUCUCAAAAAAUAAGAAAAACUCUGGAGUUAUGAAUAUCCAAAUUAUUUGGCUUACAUACAUAGACUUUUCUGUACAUAAAUUUGUGCAAAAUUUACGCAAUAUUGUGAAAAAAUGAGAUGCCACAGCCCUUGGAGAAAAUUUAGCCAGGCUAACACCACACUCAAAAUAAUUUGGUAACGAAUGAAUACCAUGAGGAGUCAAAAUGUCAGUGGCGGCGGAAGCAGGGGAACAGCGGGAUCUUGUCCCCCAAGAAAUUCGCCAAAAUCGUAUCUUGCCCAUGUUAAUAAGCCCUUCUUUCUCCUAUCCCACCUUGCUAAUGCCCCCACGUGUCCCCCCAACUUCCACCGUCACUGCGCAAUGGGUCUCUACAGUGUUGAUUACAAUGUGAUACCGAACAAUAGAGAGGUUGAGCGAGAGUACAAGAUUGUAAAAAAAUGAUUGUAGCUAGAAUCACAAUCGCAAUCUAUGAUUGUAUUUUCUUGAGGUUGAGCAAGAAUAUCUUAUGGGAGGAUUGUAAUUCUCAUUAAUUUCCGGCGGCAGAUUUGAAAUUCCUGUAAGUUGGAUAUAUGAGUACAAUACAAUGCUGCCUGGAGACGGAGAUUUGUAAUCCUGAGUUUGACUAAAAGUCUGACUAAUUUUGAUUUUCCCGCUGUGUUUACAAUCGAAAAAUGCAAUCAUGUACUCUUGCUCAACCUCUCUAAUAUCAAUAAUUUCAACGAAAUUAAAAUUCGGUACGCAUCUGUAUAAAGGUUCUACCUGAAUUUUUUACAAAUUUGAAUUUAUUGUUACCGUUCGAUGAUAAAAAUCAACGAUCCUAUGCAGAAUUACCAUAGUAACUCCACGCGGUGUCGAUCCGUUACCAAAUUAGUGUGAGUGCACAUUGAUAAAUACAGCAAUAAUUUAAUAUUGUGGGUAAAUUUGCACAAUUUAAUUCACAUUGUGAUUUAUGUUAGAUGUUAAAGACAUUUUAUUGGAUACAAAAUAUGUAUUGCUUUCGCAGUUACUUAAUAAUCUAUGUAUUUUUGUAUUUAUGUGUUACACCGUACCUGUUAUGCGGUUAGGUUAGGAAGGUUCUCUUAAAUAUAGAACAGAAAGUAAUAAUCUCGGCCUUACUUUUGGCUUAGAAAAUAGGAUUAGAAACUUAAUAGGGCCUUAAAUAAAUAUGUUAUUUGACGAAAAUUGACUUAAUUUCGUAAAACACAUGGAAAUAAUUAAAUUAUCAAGCAUAUCAAUAAUUUACCUAGUUUUGCAGGUGUAUUUAUUGCUUUAGCAUACAUAUAUUUACAUAUCUGUGGCAAUAAACAAUGUUGUUCAAUUGAAA